AAGAAAAAACUAGUUGUCAACACCACUCACCACUCCCAAAUUUAAUGCAAUCCCCUCUGUGAGUAUUAAAUGCAGCAGCUGGAAGCAGCCAACAACUUUCUCAAUCUCACCCCCAAAAAAAUCCCAAUGGCUAAAACCCCUUCAUCCCUCCACCACCACCUCCUCCUCCUCCUCCUCCUCCUCCAAUGUCCCCCCCUCCCUCCUCCCCCUCCUCAAAUUACCUCACUACCCUCGGCCUCGGCUACGCCAUAGCCAUCGCCCUUGGCUUUCUCGUCCUUCUCUCCACCCUCCUCCUCGCCUCCUACAUCUGCUGCCGCGUCUCCCGCCACCACCGCUCCCGGCCCCAGCCCCAAACCCAAAACCCCAACUUCUCCGAGGGCGUCAUCCUCCCCAGAAUCAUCUUCGUCGCCGAGGACGACAUCGAGAACCAAGAAAACGACGAUGAGAACUCCGUCGUCGGCCUCCACCAGAACGUCAUCAACUCCUACCCCAAGUUCCCCUUCUCCAAGGAAAUCGGCGGCGGCGAUGCCUCCACGUGCUCCAUCUGCCUCUGCGACUACCGCGAAUUCGAGAUGCUGAGGAUGAUGCCCGAGUGCCGCCACCACUUCCACCUAUUGUGUCUCGACGCGUGGCUCAAGCUCAACGGCUCCUGCCCCGUCUGCCGGAACUCGCCGCUGCCGACUCCGCUGUCGACGCCGCUGCAGGAGGUGGUGCCGCUUAGCCAGCACGCCGCCGAGCGGAGAUGGAGGAGGUGAUUGAUUGAUUGGUUUUGGUUUCUGGGUUUUUCUGGGUUUUUGAUUUUCAGUUCUGGGUCUUUGUUCUAGUUGUGUUAGCUUUGUUGGGUUUGGAGUGGGUUGUAAAUUUUUAGGGGUGAGGAUUGAAGAGUUUCUCAAGGAGAGUUUUUGUUUGUUGUAUAAUAGUUUUUACCUUCAUUUUGUGAUGGUAAAGCUUUUGGGUUUCUUACACUCCAAGCUUUAACCAUCCUUAAGUGUACCAAUUCUAAUUAUUUUUUUCAUUUUAGGACUUUGAUUUCACUCUAAGGAUUCAUCUUUAGUUGAAAUGAAGAAGCUUUAGCUUUGUGUUGGUC